AUGGCGUCAUCUGCGACGGGGCAGCUGGCUAUUCGUCUCAGGAGGUUCCACGAGGAGGCCUGCGCCGAUGGGGAGCUUACGGCGGUGGUCGAGGAACUCAAUCGGACGCAGGGUCAGAAGGAGGGCGGCAGGAUCUUUGCGUGCUGGGCGCAUUCAGGAAGCGAAAAGACCGUGGUCUUCCUGGAAUUGUUCUCGGACGCUAGCGAUGCUUCCUUCAACGACGACGUCAGUCUUGGCCACUUCUUCACCCACCCCGCCUCGGAGGAGAUUCUUGUUCCUCCGAGCCUCCGUUCACUGCAGCAGCCUGCAUCAUCGCUCUUCCUCUCUGGGGAGGGUGUCAGCUAUCAGUCGCCCCACCUCGAAAUCGAGGAUUGGUCGCGGGUGCUGUAUGUGGUUGCCACCAGCCGCGUUCACGACGGAUGCCUCGCGCCGCUGAUGCAGCUGGAAGAGCAGUACUACAAGAAGUUGGAGGAGGAGGAGACCCGCAAAAACGUCUUCUACCGCUGGCACCUCUCGUCAGACCUGCAGAUCCAAAAGGUGGCCGAGCUCUACAGAGACUUCGAAGGCUUCGCUACGCACAUGAGAGUUUGCCACGACCUUUUCGUCGCGGCAGAACCCUUCCGGACGUGCCUCUCCGUGGAAAUCUUCGGCGACAGUGAGACGCUGAGAAAAAUGGAAAGAUGGGGUUUGCCCAUCCGCAAGUUCUGUACUCGUACUCUUCACCCGUAG